AUGUGCCCGUCGUGCGCCUCCUCGCUGCCCGGCCGCCCUCCGGCCGCCGCCUGCUUCUGCGCGCAGAGCAGCCCGGGCCGGGCGCGCGUCUCCGGGGCGCAGCUCACGGCGGCGCGCCUGCGGGCCAUCGGCGAUGAGCUGCAAGCGCGGACGGCGGCCAGGAAGGCGGCGCGGGGCCGCCGGGCGUCCGCCGCCGCCGGCACCGGCCUGGCCACGUCCCUGGCGCUGCUGGCCGCCUUGGCCUGGCUGAGCCGCCGGGGGCGCGUGUAG